AUGGCAAGAAGCUCAACUCCAGAAGACGACUUUAACCGAAACCCGUUCGCAUGCGUAAGUCCAAAGAAGAAGACAGCUACAACGGUGGCGAAACAACAAUCAGCUCAAAAAACCCACAGACAUCUAUGAAAAAGAAGUCGUAAAAGAAUGACUAUUAGUAAUUUUGUAAAACAUGUCAUUAGAUCUUGGAAAAAUACCGAGUUAAGUUACUACACCUAAAAGAAUAACAAUAAUACCAAAACUUUUUGUUUUAACAUAUCCAGGUACUUCAACCAUGAAAGUAAGACAGUAACGUAAAGCAGGAAACGUAAAGUAGAUUUUUUUAAAUGAGUAUUUACUGCGUGAUGCUUUAUAAGAAUGGAGAGAUUACAGCUUUAGUUAUAAUGACCGCAUUUUUCAUUGUAUUGUAGAACUGUGGUAUAAACAACAAAACAAUUAUGAAUUUGGAAAAAGCGUACUUAAUAAAAAAAGCCAAGUUUAAGAAAAUUCAACCAAAAUUAGUUAUGUUUAUUACCUUGCCACAUAGGUAAGACUAUAAUAAAGGUAAGGCUUAUAGAUAGGACUGUAAUAAAACUAAGGCUUAUUGGUAAGACUGUAAUAAAGCUAAGGCUUAAGUUGGGGCAAGCCUCGCAUCGGUUCUAUCAAGAGAAUAGGGUUGGACAUUUACCGGUGAAUGUAAAUUUACCGGUAAAAACCGGUAAAUUCGCCAGUUUGCGAAAAAUUUCGUAAGGUCCGAUCAGGACAGUUUGGUGGCAAACGACCUAUCAAAAAGGUCGUUCCAAAAUCUUACUAUAACUCUCUUGUAUGUCUUAUAGUUGACGUUACCUAACAAACUUAUAUAGAAUAUGCUGGGACAAUGAUUUGAUUUUACUAAAUAUACAAAAAAACGUAAUUCUUAUAGAUAAAACAAUAAUGAAGCUAAGGCUUAUAGGUAAGACUAGUAGAGAAGAAUAAACACUGCGCUGUAAUUAAAAACGUAAUUAGACAAAACGGUCAAAUUGAAAAAAAAUCAACCAAAAUUUUGUAGUUUUGUCUUAAAAUGUAGUUAUAUGUCAGACUGUUGAACAUUGACCCAUCUAAGCCUUAAAAAUGUCAAUUUUAAUAUUUUUGGUUCAUCUUGAUUACAACAUAUCCUGGUGAGUAGGAAUUAAGAUAAUCGUCUACGCUACGGUAAAGUUCAUGUUGGUCUUAUAAGAAAGUAUAUAAACUGUUUGUUACAGUAGAACCAGCACAAUUUUUUUAUAAAAAUAUUCGUAGAAAACGACAUAAGCGACCCGCUGCGAUACUUUGUAAAAAAUUUUGUAGCAAUAACUCAGGUGGAUCGUUUGGUAGUAAGAUAGAGUAGCUUUUGACAAACGGUCUUUGGUAGACUUGACACGGCUAAUAACAAACAUACAAUAUUUAAAAUGAUCCGGGUUUAGGCGUAUUCGGAUAUGACGUUGGAACAGAUGGAACUCGACCAGACCCAAGCUGAAGAAAGAUACCAGCAACUGGCUGCUUUGUACGAAGAAGUCUCAACGCGGCUCCAAUUGGUCGAACCAAGAGUGUCAUACGGUCUGACAUCCAAACCUUGGUCAUGGAGAAGUCUCAAUUACAAGCGGAGAAUCAACGUUUGUACCAAAUGAACAUGAAUCUGCGUUCUCUCGUUGAACCAUGGAAGGUAGUUCCGGAAUAAGAUUUUGACGUGUUUAAGUUAACCACGGAUUCCACCAUCACGGACAGAAUCCAAAACCCUCGGAUGCAGUUCGACGUAACGAAAGUCGACCAAUUGUUUAAGGAUCUCGCCAACCGGAUUCCGCACACAUGCUUGUCUUGGACAUACGGCCGGUACACGGUCAAAUCGGACGAAUUGUACAAAAUUUUGUACACAAACGGAAUAUUCUCAACCGGCAUUUCCAAGAACGAAACAUACGGCAGAGUGCCGGACGUAAUGCAGUUAGGUCACUCUGCUUCAUACGGACAUGCCUUUAUGUCUACUGAAACGCUAGUUCAUGCCAUGAGAUUUGCGUGGAAAAAGGUACGGAACUACAGUUACAAAUCGGCAACUGAUUUCAAAUUGAGAAACCAGAUACUUUUGCCACAGGGUGCGGCCGUAUAA